GCCUUCUCUGUGGGCUGCUAUGUCUUCCCUGUGGUGAUGAAAUCCACCCUCCUGGAACUAUUUGUUUGGCGUGCGGCGAUCCUGCGGCUGAGGCUUUGUUUCAGGCUGAUCUUGCGCCUGUGAGAUGGAGCAUGAAUACAGGGAGAUACUCUUGUUGACCGGCCUGGAGGAAAUCACCGAGAAGGAACUGCAACGGUUCAAGUUCUUUGUCAUGGAUGCGUUUAAGAUCUCUAGGAGCCAACUGGAUGAGACUACAAACAGGACCGAGUUAGCAGACCUGCUGAUUCAGAGCGCAGGCCCAGCGUCGGCCGUGACAAAGACCAUUCAUCUUUUCCGGAAGUUGAAUUACAUGCACGCUGCAACAUGUCUUCAGGAGCAAAAGAAAAAAGUUGAGAGUCGAUCCAUGACAAAUAAAAAGAAGAAAGGAACACAGCAAGUAGAAAAAAGAAGUCAAGCUGAAAACUGUUCUGGUGCCUCUGCCAACAGCAGAGGCGAAUCCUCCGAGAAAAACUCUGCUCCAGAAGUCUGUCCCCAGGCUAAGCCUCAGAAGCAGCACAUGGUGGCAGAGCAGGAAGCUAUCAGAGAAGGUUUACAGAAAGAUCCACUGGCGGUCUUGGUGUUGAAAACUACCAAUCCUUUCAAGUGUGAGACUGAGGAAGACAUAUUUCAUGCGACAGUGGCCAACUCGACCGCAUUUUUCUUCGUAAAAGUUUUAUAUGCACCAUUUAAAGAUAAAUUUAUCCCAAGGAGAACAAUUAAAAUAUCAAACUAUCUUUGGCACAGUAAUUUCUUGGAGGUGACCAGCUCCUCAACUGUGGUUGAUGCUGAUGCUGACCACAAAGUCUGCGUCCCAAAUAAUAUUAGGCAAAGAGCUGGAAGAACUCCACCAAUUAAGAUACUGAAGACCCAGCCUUGUGGAACAAUUGUGAAUGGGACGUUUAAAGUCCAGAAGAUAACAGAGCAGCAAAAGGACAGAAUACUGUAUGGUGUACAUGACAAAACAGGGGAGAUGGACGUGUUGGUGCUUGGAAACCAGGACAAAAUAAAAUGCGAGAAAGAAGAUAAGCUUAGACUCGUAUUUUUUGAGGUGUCAGAAGAUGGAGAGAAAACACAGUUGAAAUCAGGACCCUACAGCUUCUUUAAGGUGAUUAAGACCUCAAAGCCAAAAACUGAGCAAAAAGAAAAAUGUACAUUGAAUUCAACUCAUCUAAACAACACUUCUUUGAAGGAUUCUAAUACUACUUCUUGAACCAGACUGAGCUGCCUGAGGACAGAAGUUUACAAGCUCUUCAUCCUAUCCUAUUAGUUCAAAAAGGACAAAUACUUUACAAUUCCUCUGUUAGCUGUAGAGCAAAACAAAACAAAAAUCUAGGAAGAAAAAUCCAAUACCAGGCAUUAGAAACCCUCUUUUGAGUAGUUGAUUGUCUAGGAGGCUCCCAAAACAUUAUGGGCUAUUGCUCUUGCCCUUGGUUGAUCCCCAGAGGUGAAGAUAAGUUCAUAUUGCUGAAGACACCAUGCACUUCAGACACAGGGUUCAGAGGUCCCUGAGCUGUAACUGACCUGAGAGUUUUCUCCCCAAGGAUUAUCUUUCACAAAACCAGAAGGUGCCAUACAAACUUCCCAAAGAGGGAGGCAACAAUCGGUUGCACCCAGUUAUGAUGCCUAAGAAUCAUAAAGAUGAGCAACAUGACACAAUAAUCCUAAGGGUGAAUUAGUGUCAUGAAUGCCCAGUUCUUUAAUUGGACUUAACACCUACUCAACAAGAAAGAAUUCAUUCUUGGUACUAGAAACCUAGCCAACCACUCCAGGUUAGUGAAGUCAUGAAUUGUAGAGGAGAACAUACUACCACCAUUUCACUAAACCAGCAUUAUCCCUAACUACACUCUAAGUAUUUGUCCUUAUACACUUAGAUAAGUGUAGUCCUCAUCCCUCAUGAAGAAGAUUUCUCCUUGCAAUGGAUGGAGACCAUUACAAAAAAAAAGCAAUCACAGCCAUCAAAAUGUAGAGUUGUGACUCCCAGUCCCAGUGGAUAGAUAUACAAUAGAACUCUAGCACUUAAGGUUCAGGGAACAUCAUGGAAGAGGGGGUGGAAAGGUUGCUGGUGGUGGCGAUGUCAGAGAAGCAGCAGUUGGCAAUUGAGCUUCAGGAGUUCAGUUCACCACAAUGCAAGGCACCGAUAUGUGAAUUUUUGAUAGGCAAGGCUCCAACGGUUUGGGGUCCAUAAUGUCUCUCGAUAGUUCUGUGCUGCCAUUUUUCUUUGGUAUCUGUCCUGGUGAGAGUGGGCAUGGGGGGAUCCACACUGUCUUUAAUGUAGUGUCAUUAUUUCAUGGAAAUAAUCCACCAUACUAGACAUUUUUAACCUGUGGAUUUUUAUCAAGAUGGUUUCUUCUUAAGCUUCGUUUAAGAAAUGCUCUUGCUCAUAAUAUCCGGGAUCUGGGGCUGAGGGUUAGGCUCAGGAGGAUGUGCAUUUCCUUCUCAGUUAUCAGAGGCCACACACCCAUCCUGAUAGGCAAGGACAGAGAAUGACUACCACCGAUGUUAUCCUUUAUGCUUUUCCUAAAAAGAAUUCGUCUAUUUUCUGUGUAUUGUUGUUUUGUCUGUCAGGAUGUCUGGGUACACAAUCUUAUUGUCCACACAAGCCAGAAAAAUGGCACUGAAUCUCCUGGAACUGUAGGAAUAGAUGGUUGUGAGCCAAGUGUAGUUGCUGAAAAUUGAACCUGGGUCACUUAUCAAAAGGAAUGACCCUAAAAUGUGACCAGGAUUCUUACUCUUUCUUCUACUGUGACCCAGUGUAGAUCUACUUUGCAUUUCAGAAAUGUGAGUGAGGGCAGAAAAUUUCCUGCUGGAGUUAACCAGUUUUAAGAUAACUUUUGUUACGGAUUUUUAAUCAUA